AGCCGGGCGGGCGCACAGGGCUCCCCGCAACUCUCCACACACGUCGGUGCUUAUCCAAUCGUGUGAUGGGUCUUCUGUCUGCCUUGGGCAUUUUUCAAGCGCCCGAGGCUGUUUUAGAACGCCAGUUGCAGGCAAAUCCCUACCAUCCCUUCCACCUUGCCUCCAGCGAAGGAGAAGACGAAAAUAAAGUGUUUGUCUACACAUCUCGACACUCUUGGUUCUACCUUUACCUCGCAGUGGCCAUUGCAUCGUUCCUCUUUGUCAUUAUCUGGCCAUCAGCAGGCAAUGACAGUGAGUAUGUUGUGUUUGGUGUGGCAGUGUUCUUCCUGGCCCUCUACCUGGUCCUGGAGACGUGGCCACAGUGGAGUAUAGUCCUGGAGCCAGCCUCCCACCACUACUCCGUCUACCACGGGUCCCAUCUAACUGUCUCCCAACACUGCCACAACAUCUAUGUCAGACUGGUCUGCGAGAAGACCAGUUCAAGCAGCCCUCCUCACAUCAGCUGGUGCUGGAUGGCUGGGGACGUGGAGGCUACCAUUCAUCUCACCAGGAGAAAACAACAAACAGGAAGAAGCUAAGACAUUGGCACAAGCGAGCUGACAGCCAAUCUUCAAAAACUUAUCAAAUAUUACUCCCACAACUCUUCAAACACACCACAUAAUCCGGCACACCAGGACCAUUCAUCAGGCAGGGUAAAACACCACAGAGACAAGGCAAGCCUCGAGGAGUAAAAGACCAUUGCACCACUGAGUGACAUGUACAGGCAUUGAUUUAUUUGAGAAAGGACGUGUCUAUAAUCUACACAAUUUAUUCUAGAAUAUUCUCAGCUUUUUCAGCUCAGACUUGAUUCCAAACUCCUCUCGAUCCUCCUCUCCUCUGCCUACUGACAGUUUCUCCAUCUCUCGCUGUGCGGCCACCAACUUCUCUGAGGCAUGUGCCUCAUCAUCUGUCUCUACGAGAGCCAAAACCUCUGAAUGAGGACCUUUGACUUUGACGGAGACCUCUCUACAACGGAUAGUUUGUUCUGUCCAAUACAGUGUAGAAUUAGGGACAUCGCUUGAAACAUUCAAAGUUCAAGGUUAAGAUUCGUUCAA